UACAAUAUUCCAUAGUUCACUGAAAAAAAAAAACAUUGGGUCUCGAAUAAUACUAUAAACUCCACUGAUUGAGUUCGCAGCGCCAUCUAGCACAACAUUGAGAAAGCGCAAAGCUUUCCGUCUCACUCGCUCUCAUGAGCUCCGUGCGGCCGAACGGUUCAAUGACUCUACCGACCAGUUUCUAUUUUCUCUCUGGUUCUGUCGUCGGGUCGGCCUGCAAGCCGCAAGGGGUCUUUGUUUGCGUUUCACGUUCGUGUCGCACGGUAUAGUCAGCGGCCGCGGCUCCAUCGUAUCGUAUCCGAGACGGAAUGUGCCCUCAUAAGUGGAAGUGCGGGUCUCGCUCCUCUCGGUGUAUGUGAGAUGUGGUACAGAGUGCCGGAGUGGCGCCGUCGUCGAGUGCAAGCUGUGGCGGUGCAAGUGCAGUGAAGUGCAGUGUGCGUGGUGCGUGCGCGUGCAGCGAGCGGCUCGGCCCGGCCACGGCGAGCGAGCGCGGAGGCGGAGGCGGCGGUGGCGGGACCCGCGCGGCCAUGACCGGUGACAUGCCUCUGGGGAGCGCGCACGCGUUCGGGCGGGCGCUGCUGCGCGACGGGGCGCUGCCGCCGCUGGAGCCCGGGCCGCCGGCGCCGCCCGCUGCCGCCGCGCAGCCGCCCGACAAGCGGCCGCCGGCGGCAGCAGCCAGCCCCGAACAGGUCAUGAAACUCUACAUGAACAAACUGACCCCUUACGAACACCGCGAGAUAUUCGAUUACCCCCAAGUGUACUUCAUAGGCGCCAAUGCGAAGAAGCGCCCGGGACUGGUAGGCUUCCCGAACAAUUGUGAAUACGACAACGAACAGGGCUCUUACAUACACAUCCCGCACGAUCACAUCGCGUACCGGUACGAGGUGUUGAAGGUGAUCGGGAAGGGCAGCUUCGGCCAGGUGAUGAAGGCGUACGAUCACAAGAAGAGAGAGAACUGCGCGCUGAAGAUGGUGCGCAACGAGAAACGCUUCCACAGACAGGCUCAGGAGGAGAUUCGCAUACUGGAGCACCUCAGAGAACAAGAUAAAGACAACACAAUGAACGUUAUCCAUAUGUUCGACUCCUUCACCUUCCGCAACCACACUUGCAUCACAUUCGAGCUGCUCUCGAUAAACUUAUACGAGUUGAUACGAAAAAACAAGUUCCAAGGUUUCUCCUUGCAGCUUGUCCGCAAGUUUUCGCACAGUCUCCUGCAGUGUCUUCAUGCUCUAAACAAGAACAGGAUCAUACACUGCGACAUGAAGCCCGAGAACGUUCUGCUGAAGCAACAGGGACGCUCCGGAAUCAAGGUCAUAGACUUCGGAAGUUCGUGCUACGAGCACCAGCGUGUGUACACGUACAUCCAGUCGAGGUUCUACCGGGCGCCCGAGGUGAUGAUGGGCGCGAGGUACGGCAUGCCCAUCGACAUGUGGUCGCUGGGCUGCAUACUGGCGGAGCUGCUUACAGGGUUCCCUCUGCUCCCCGGCGAGGAUGAGGCGGACCAGAUGGCCUGCAUCAUCGAGCUGCUGGGCAUGCCGCCGCAGAAGCUCACUGAGCAGGGCAAGAGGUCCAAGAACUUCAUCAGCAGCAAGGGACUGCCGCGGUAUUGCACCGCCAACACAAUGUCGGACGGUUCCACGGUGCUCGUCGGAGGUAUGUCCAGAAGAGGCAAGCCCCGAGGCCUACCCGGCUCCAAAACGUUCGUCACAGCCCUCAAGGGAUGUCAAGACAAAUUCUUUAUUGAUUUCAUUAGGAGAUGCCUAGAAUGGGACCCGGACAAGCGGCUGACGCCGGCGGCGGCGCUGCGGCACGCGUGGCUGCGGCGGCGGCUGCCGCGGCCGCCGCACGAGGACGACGCCAACCACGUUAGUAUCGCGCACCACCCCCACGCGCACGCCACAGCCAAACGGCUGGACAAAUAG